AUGAGUUCUCAAAAUAGCUUUGCCAAUGCUUCCCCAAGCUCGAACACGCUCAGCGCAAGCACAACUUCAACCUCUACGGUUCGAUCCCGCCCUCGCCCUCGCCGCUUAGUUUCAUUCAUGGACGACGAAGACGACAGCAAUAAUGCUACAAAUUACUCCUACCAGGACGAUGCCCAACCAUUUGCCUCGGGAUUGUCAACGACCCUUGCGCCCUCCGAGGGUGGAAUGACUCGAUCCCGUGGAGCGACCCCCUCGCCAUUGUCAUCCCGUGGAGCGUCACCACUUCCAAUGAGGCACCCAUCACGCGCGACCGAAUCGAUCAAUCGUGGUACUCGCAGUGGGCCAACAUCGUUUGCCUGGAGUGGGCCAUCAAAGGCCUCAUCGUCAGGGGGUGCAGCGGACUUUCUGGACUCCUCGUGGUCCUCUCUCCAAAGCCUGGCAUCUUCAGUACUAGGGAGUGAUGCUGGACGAGUCACUCCGAGUAACGCGACAAAGACACACACGCGAAGGAAGCCAUCUCGGUCUGACGUAUACAUUAAGAGUGCUCCCAGGUCGACGUGGGGUCCGUCGGCACCGGCCGCUCCGCAGUUCGGAACUGGGACAAAGGAGGAGCGACAGGCUCUAGUACAGGCCAAAAAGAGAGAAGCCUUGCUCCUCGCUGAUAGUGAUCCGAUCGCAAGCCGUACGCUCCCUCACAAAAGACGCGACUCCGGCGACAUUUCAUAUCAAGCGUCUGAGCCGGAGCACGAUGAAGACGCUCUGGCCUAUAUCCACAAAGUGCAACCCACAGACACUAUCACCGGCGUGACGAUCAAAUAUGGCUGCCAGGCUGCCGUGUUUCGAAAGGCGAACGGUUUCUGGCCCAACGACAACAUUCAGAGCAGAAACACUGUUCUUCUACCUGUCGACGCAUGCUCUGUGAAAGGUCGGCCUGUUCCCAAGAAGCCUGUAGAUCUUUUGAGCAACAACGAUGAAGACCCUAGCGAUAGCUCGAUAGCCCCCACGGCUGCCUCUACCGACGACACUUCAACUGAACAGGAUACGUCCGCAACCGCGUCUGAGGCGGAUGGCAACCAUGCUUGGAAGCAUGAAUCGUGGGUUCACAUGGAUGGGUUCCCGGACCAGUGGAAAUCGGCCGUGUUCCUCGAAGAGCAUUGGGAUUCUUUCCGCGUACGCGUCGAAAAUCUGUAUCUUAUUCAGAUGCAGAACCUCCCGACUUAUACCGAGAAACAGUCACUCCUCCGUCGCCUACCCGAUCGCCAGCUCCACCUUUGUCCUUUGGCAUACUGCCACGAACUCGACCAAAUGGCGAUCAUCCCAAGCCCAAGACCACACACCCCAGUCGUUUUCAGCAUCGCCGCCAGCGCAGUAGUAUCCAGCUGUCUGGCACGGGGUAUCACAUCCAAUGCAUCGACUGGCCUCGAGAACAUUGGCGGGGCUUUUGAGGGUUGGGUUCGAAAGGUAGCGACGCGCGCCAAGGCCGGUAUCAAUGAGCUGCAGCAAGGACCAUCCACGCCGCAGGGUAGCAGCAGGGGUCGUAAUAUGUGGCGGAUGGAUGACCUAAUUGAGCUUGACGAUGGGAUGGUGGAUGGCCGGAACUCCCCCAGCCCGUUAAAGGGUGCAUCGCGGAGGUCUGAGUUACAGGGCACCUCAUCCUCAUCCUCAUCUAACAGAUACAACAGCCCUUCGGUGGUAGCAGCGAGCAGGUCUCGUGCGACUGGAUUUGGUUCGGGCUCCAGUCCUUCUGCCUGUGGCGAGCGGGUCAAGGAUGAUUAA